AGGAGACUUUGGGCUUAUCGGCCUUGCUGUCAUGGGUCAAAAUUUGAUCCUCAAUAUUAAUGACCAUGGGUUCACUGUAGUUGCUUAUAACAGAACAGUGUCUAAGGUAGAAUACUUUUUGCAAAAUGAAGCUAAAGGCACUAAUAUAAUCGGCGCCAGUUCUAUCAACGAUCUUGUGACUAAACUUAAGCGCCCACGAAAAAUUAUGCUCUUGGUAAAAGCCGGAUCUGCCGUUGACGACUUUAUCGAACAAAUUAUUCCUCAUCUAGAACCGGGCGAUAUUAUCAUUGACGGCGGCAAUUCUCAUUAUCCAGACACUAUCCGCAGGUGUAAAUAUUUAGAAGAAAAGGGUUUCUUGUUUAUCGGUUGUGGUGUUUCUGGAGGUGAAGAUGGUGCUCGUUAUGGUCCAUCCCUUAUGCCCGGAGGUUCUUUGGCUGCAUGGGAACAUGUACGACCAAUUUUUCAAGCUAUUGCGGCCAAGGCUGGUGGAGAGCCAUGUUGUGAUUGGGUUGGUGAAACUGGUGCUGGUCAUUAUGUCAAAAUGGUUCAUAAUGGUAUCGAAUAUGGUGAUAUGCAGCUCAUUUGUGAAGCCUACCAUUUAAUGAGAGGUCUUGGUCUUUCGCAUGAAGAAAUUGGGAAUGUAUUUGAGGAAUGGAACAAGGGUGAACUUGAUUCAUUUUUGAUAGAAAUUACUAAAAAUAUUGUGAAAUACAAGGAUAAUGAUGGUGCACCUAUAAUCGAAAAAAUCAAGGAUGUUGCUGGUCAAAAAGGGACUGGCAAAUGGACUGCUAUAUCUUCGCUAGAACUGGGUGUCCCUGUUACACUUAUAGGUGAGGCUGUGUAUGCUCGUGCACUUUCAGCUUUGAAAGGGGAACGU